UUUGAACUAAAAGUAAGGGCCCUAGCUCAUUUUUCUUGUGGCUUUUAGGGUUUUGGGGUGUUAGGUGGCAUCCAAGAAGUUUCUCGAUUCGAUCGUGUUUUUGGACGAUCGGGAAAUCUGGGAGAGAAGGUUAGAUAGAGAAUCAAGCAGAACACAGAGGCUGUUUGUUUCUGGGAAAAGGUUUCUGUGUUCCUUAACUCAGAGGAGUAACUCUACUGUGGAUGCAUUAAGAGUGAUGAGAAUUUUUUUAAUUUGUGGCGCUAAUGAUCUGGUUCUCUACAAUAGAAGUGUUCAACAAAAGUUGUUCUAUUUAAGAGGGUAAGAUGUCAUCAUCCUAUUUUUCAAGACUGAGAAAGGCAGUUCACCAUGGGAUCCAAAGAUCAACCAUCGGGCAAGGAGGUGGGCUCCAAGACUCGGUGGAGGUUCUACUUUGGCGAGGAAAACUGUUGUUUGGGAACUCUAGGUUGUUUCAUUCUAAACCAUUUUCAAGCUUAUCAGACCUGCAUGUAUUAUUACACCCUGGCACUGAUUUUGUGGCAAGAUCAGAUUCACAUUUAGGAAAUCAAAGAAGGACUCUUUCUGUUGUUGGAACACUUUCUCGCGCGUUCUCCAUUCCAUCCGUGUCUGGCCCUUCAUUGCAGGCUUGUGCAUAUCACAUCGAUUCUGCACUCUCUAAGCCAGGCGUCUUUUCCUAUGUGUCACAGAAGACACCUAUGGCUGCUUGUAGUCCCAGAGCAGUGUUAGGUGAUUGCCACUUAGAUAAUUUUAUUUCAAGGCAUGUGCAUCUCUCAGUGUCUAUAAAAAAUGGUAGUAAUUUUCAUGGCAAUAGAGGUUUCAAUAGCUGCAGAAAGGCUAGCAUGAGCUUAACAAUUCAAGAGCAGUCCAAUAAUUGUUUGCUUUAUGGAUAUUUCAUAUACAAUGCUGCAAAGAGGAGAAGCAAUUCUAAUCCAUAUAUUUUAUCUGGAUUGAGAGAUUUCCAUGGAUCAUUAUCUGCAUGUUACUCUGCUGGAACUGCACCCGAUAUGUCAUUUCACAAUUCUCAACUUGAGGAACAGCUUGCAAAUUCUUCGGUUUCUUCUGAACAGAACAUCCAAUCGGACAGAACCUUGAAAUUUCUAUCAGGGUCAUGUUACCUGCCCCAUCCUGACAAAGAAGAAACUGGUGGUGAGGAUGCUCACUUCAUUUGUAUUGAUGAACAUGCCAUAGGUGUGGCAGAUGGUGUUGGUGGCUGGGCAGAACUUGGUGUUGAUUCAGGGCAGUAUGCACGAGAACUCAUGUCUAAUUCAGUAACUGCAAUCCAAGAGGAGCCUAAGGGUUCUGUGGACCCAGCUAGGGUUUUGGAGAAAGCUCACUUUAGCACAAAAGCCAAAGGGUCCUCAACAGCAUGCAUUAUAGCCCUCACAGAGCAGGGUCUCCAUGCCAUUAAUUUAGGGGACAGUGGAUUCAUAGUGAUAAGAGAUGGAUGUACUGUCUUCCGGUCCCCAGUACAGCAGCAUGAUUUCAAUUUCACCUAUCAACUAGAGAGUGGAAAUGGUGGUGAUUUACCUAGCUCUGGUCAGGUUUUUACAAUUCCUGUUGCUCCAGGAGAUGUUGUAAUUGCUGGCACAGAUGGACUGUUUGACAAUCUGUACAAUAAUGAGGUUAUCGCAGUGGUGGUUCAUGCCACUAGAGCCAGUUUAGGGCCUCAGGUGACAGCUCAGAAGAUUGCAGCAUUAGCACGCCAACGAGCACAGGACAAAAACCGGCAGACACCUUUCUCCACUGCUGCCCAAGAUGCUGGGAUCCGUUAUUAUGGUGGCAAGCUUGAUGAUAUCACUGUCGUUGUUUCCUAUAUUACCAGUUACAGUAAUGUAUGACUCUCUCCCUCUCAUACUCACAUAUUUACAUUCUAGGCUUUCCUGUCCAAUCCUUUGUAGAAAGAAAUUCUCCUCUUUUGCAGUUCAAGAGCUAUCCCCUCCAUUGUCAAAAUGGUGAAUACGCAUUUCUGAUAUUAGAUUGAAUUUUCUUCCUAACUGUCCCCUAUACCUUUCGACCUUGUGUAGUCCAUUAUGUUACUUUUAUCUUAAAGAAGUGAGCUCUUUUUCUAAGAAAGAAAAAGGCUAUGACAUCUCCUUAUGACCUGUUAUUUACACAUGCCUACCUGUAUUACCACCUCAGUAUUCUGUGUUCUAGCCUAGUCCCACUGCCUUUGUUGGCACUGUUUUUUAUUUAAUCCUGGACAGUCGGUCAAGGACACAACAGUUUGUGCACUCAUUGUAUUGGACAUGGAUGAAACAGUAGGUGUGGUCUUUGUUGUAAGUUUUCCUUGCUAAUAGAUUAACUCUGAAGGACUGCUCCUAUAUAACGCCCUGGAAUCUGUAACCACACACUGUUUUCUCUCACACACCGAGUUCCUCCAGAUAUUUGUCAAACCAUGCUUGUUGAAAAUUUCUCAAAAUUUUCAACCCUGCAUAGUUUUCGAGGGUAGAAAGAUAGGAGAUGGACAUCUAUAUUCUGAGAAUCUCCUUGUGCGAAAAUCAUCUAAUGCACUUGCAGAGUGUGAUGAUAACAUUUCCUUUAUAAUACUCUGAUGCAGGGAUACCGCUCUUCCAACAGCUCCUGGCUCUGAUUAGACCGUUUGGACCAUGUCUCUUGGUUUUCUGAAGUAGUGGCAAUCCACUAGUAUUGCAAGGAAGCAGAUACAGUAGCUGAUAUUUGGUAUCAUGGUGCUUCAAAUAAUCCAGAUUAAUUGACACAUUUCCCUAUCUCCCUUUUGUCCAUAGUUUUGCAAAAUGGUAGUCAUGGUGCUUUGCACUCAAAACCACAAGUUUUAUACAUAUGAAUAUAUUCUUGACACUUUUUUUA